AUGACGAUGACAGACCCGUUGCCGCCGAAACACCGACGGGAUUUUGCUGUCGCGAUUAUCUGCGCGCUACAGUUGGAAGCCGAUGCUGCAGGGACCCUUUUCGACCAUUUCUGGGACGAACAUGGCGAUCAAUACGGGAAGGCCUCGGGAGAUCAAAACGCAUAUCGGACGGGGGUAAUCGGCAAUCAUAAUGUCGUCCUUGCAUACAUGCCCGGCAUCGGAAAAGGCUAUGCAGCCAGCGUCGCAGCAGGCUUCCGAUCCAGCUUUCCAGGUAUCCGACUUGCGUUGAUUGUUGGUGUCUGCGGAGGAGUGCCAAGUGGAGCCGACGAGGGGAUAUUCCUUGGUGAUAUAAAGAUUGCCGGGGGGUUUCGCCGCAAGGAGACAGCAGCCGACUCUGCUGUGAAUAUCGAAGUACGAGCCUUCCUGCACAAGCUGAAAAGUCGAAAAGGCCGUGAAUAUUUACUCGAUAAGACCCAUCAUCACCUCACUACCUUGCAGAAGCGAAGUAGCGAUUAUCGCUGCCCAGCAAGAGAGCUAGAUCGACUUUUUGAGGCGACCUAUCAUCAUAUGCAUCAUAGUCCCUCGAGAUGUAGGAAAUGCAAAAAGAACGAAUAUUGCAACAAGGCUCACCAGGCCACAUGUGAGACGUUGAAAUGUGACGAGAAGAGAUUGGUCGUUCGUUCACGCCCAUCCCAAGGUGGGCUCAAUAUCCACUUCGGAGGCAUAGCCUCAGGAGACAUGGUUAUGAAGUCUGGCAUAGACCGAGACAGAAUUGCUGCCGAGGAGAAUGUGAUUGCGUUUGAGAUGGAGGGUGCGGGCGUCUGUACCAACUUGCCUUGCAUUGUCGUGAAAGGAGUGUGCGACUAUGCUGACAGUCAUAAGGAUAAAGUAUGGCAGAAAUACACGGCUGGAGCAGCUGCGGCAUGUAUGAGGUCACUUCUGGAACAGUGGGCAACUGUUGAUCAGCCUGAAGGAAGUGAACAGCGCAAGGAACUAUUUCACGAUUAUCUGCCUUCUCUCGUGGAUAAUAUAUCCGAAGCAGCAUCCUCACAAUCAGCUCACGGGGAUGAAGGAUACCAUUCACAAAAUAAUAUUGAUGCCAGCGACGGCGACAUACUCCAAGUUCUGCCGACAAUUGAACUAAGCUUCAAGAAUGUACUUGCAUGUUUCAAACAAUUCCGAAAGCAUUUACCCCGAGAUGUCGAUCUCAGAAGCACGUUGAAAACCCAACGCGUCGUCUUCUCGAGCAAUGUGGAAAUGCUGUCGUCAGAUACUUCCGAUUCUGUCAAAGAUUUCCUCGGAUCAUCGAAAAAGAUUUGCUUGGAGGUAACUCUAGCAAUCCGAACAAAGCUCGAAGAAAUUGAAUCCAUGACAAGGCGUCUUCCUGCUGCUAUGAAGGAGAAAAGACAGCCCAGGAGUGCUGCAGACACGCUGAAAGACGCUGUAGAAGACCUAAAAUCCCUGGUUCGGGUUUUUGCUUCUUCGAUCCUCCCACACAAACAGCCUCAGCUAUCGGAAAAGUUGACAAUACCCGGGACCCUCCAAGCUCGCCGCGAGUUUCAGCACUUCCGCAUUGUGCAGCAAGCGGCUUGCAGCCUCUAUGAUGCCUUUGGAACUGCUUGUGAUACACAUAAUGUCCACAAAGUGCAUCUAUCCCUCCAACCAGAUCUUGAUGGAACCUCAACCCGUGUACGAUUUAAUGUAGCCUUUAUCCAGCAUCAAUUGACGCUGGGGAACGCAAUCUGGAUUAACGUCGAAUCAACCAUCAAGUCUCCUGGGACGAGCUCCGAACUGGGGUCCACCCUACUCCCAGAGGGCUCCGCUUCUCUCAAACGACCAAGACAACUUGAAGAAACACAAUAUCCACCGAAGAUUCGUAAACAUGUACAGUUCCAGCUUUUAUCCGGCCCUUCAUUGGCGCCAUGGCCGGAAGAACCCAUCGCCACAAUACCAAAUCUCUAUCUGCAAAGGAAUUUCUGUACCCUGGUCAAGAGGUCCUUACGGCUGCGAGAAUGCAAUGGUUGCAUUGGGCUGCUUGGGGAAAACGAGAUAUGUAAACACUUGGCGUAUAUCGGAAACCAGACCAACAGCACGGCCACAGCUGCAUCACUCACUGAGUUGAUAUUAAAGUCAUCAACUGACACCACAAAACACAUGGGUCUCUACCAGCGCGUCCGGUUAGCGAGAUACCUUGCCACCGCUGUUCUCUACUAUCAUGCUACGCCGUGGCUCAACAAAGCAUGGCGCAGCGACGAUGUUCAUUUUUUCGGAAGCCAUGAUUCCUUACUUCGGCACGCCCAAAACGUCCUACCAUAUAUGACUACAACGAUUCAAGCACCAAACUCCUCUAUGCAGGCUCAGUCCCAGUUUUCCGAUUACCAUUACUUUAUCCGUAACCCCGUUCUCUUUGGGCUGGGUAUCAUGCUCCUCGAACUCGCAUACCAAGCUCCCCUCGGAUCCCUCCAGGAACCGGUCGACCUCGAGAAAGGAACAACACCGGGUUUUGCAGAGUAUUUCACGGCCCACAGAUUGGUAGAAGAUAGCUACCGUAUGGUGAGUAAGAGCUUUAAAACGAUUAUCAAGAAAUGUCUACACUGCGACUUUGGGCAUGAUAGUGAUUUCACCAGCCCUGCGCUUCAAAAAGCUUUCUACCAUGAUGUUAUUGGUGGUCUUGAGAACUUGGAGAGAGUUUUCCAAGAAUUGCAGCUUGAUGAUCCGGAACCUGGUACAUAG